GCGCACCAGUGUCUCGUGACGGAGGCGGCUUGGCGUCACUCUUUCCCGUCUGGAGUCUGACGCAUUCCUCCAGCCAAUAAGCUCAUGUAGCACUUUAACGCUCAAGACCGCUGUGGAGGGAGGAUUUCUUCAAAUAAACAUGGCAGAUGUUGUCGAAGGAGACUGCACUCGUUCCGCUGCCCCUUGCGCUCCACAUUCGUCGGCUCGUAACGGAUCCGGCAUGAGCUCUGGGACGUGCGCCGGUGGGCACGUCACGACCACGGUCGCCUCCGGGCCUCGGCUGGUCCGCAUAGUCAAAUCGGACUCGGGCUACGGUUUCAACGUCCGCGGGCAAGUGAGCGAAGGAGGGCAGCUGAGGAGCAUUAACGGUGAACUUUACGCCCCGUUGCAGCACGUAAGCGCCGUGUUACCGGGCGGCGCUGCGGACCGAGCCGGAAUCUCAAAGGGCGACCGUAUUCUUGAAGUGAAUGGGGUAAAUGUGGAAGGAGCCACUCACAAGCAAGUGGUAGAUCUCAUCCGAGCAGGAGAAAAAGAGUUGGUCUUGGCCGUCCUGUCGGUCCCCCAGCCAGAGACAGACAGCCUUGAUCCAGGGGACGAUGGCUCGUCUCAGUCUUGCUACGACUACAGCGACAAGCAGGCCGUGCCCAUUUCUGUGCCCACUUACAAACAUGUAGAGCAGAACGGGGAGAAGUUUGUAGUGUACAACGUGUACAUGGCAGGCAGACAGUUGUGCUCCAAGCGUUAUCGCGAGUUUGCCAUCUUACAUCAGAAUCUGAAGAGGGAAUUUGCAAACUUUGCAUUUCCCAAGCUGCCAGGGAAAUGGCCUUUCUCCCUUUCUGAGCAACAGCUAGACGCUCGCAGACGAGGGCUUGAGGAGUACCUGGAAAAAGUAUGUUCUGUUCGGGUUAUUGGGGAGAGUGACAUUAUGCAGGAAUUUUUGUCAGAGUCAGACGAGAACUAUAAUGGUGUUUCUGAUGUGGAACUGAGAAUAGCAAUGCCAGACAAAACUACAGUUACUGUCCGGGUGCGAAAGAAUUGCACAACAGACCAGGUCUAUCAGGCUGUGGUAACAAAGAUUGGAAUGGACAGCAUUACUGCAAGUUAUUUUGCUCUAUUUGAGGUCAUUAACCACUCAUUUGCACGUAAGCUUGCCCCUAAUGAAUUUCCUCAUAAGCUUUAUGUGCAGAAUUACACAUCUGCUAUUCCAGGCACCUGCCUCACACUACGCAAGUGGCUCUUCACCACAGAAGAAGAGUUUUUGCUCAAUGACAAUGAACUGGCCAUCAGCUAUUGCUUUCAUCAGGCUCUGGAUGAUGUAAAAAGGGGAUUCAUCAAAGUUGGGGAGAAAUCCUACCAGCUCCAAAAGCUUAAUGAACAAAGGAAAAUGACUAUGUAUUUAAGUAUUCUAAGGACAUGUGAGGGCUACAAUGAGAUCACUUUUCCUCACUGCUCCUGCGACUCGCGAAGGAAAGGUCACGUCAUCACGGCGAUAAGCAUCCUUCACUUCAAACUUCACGCUUGCACUGAAGAUGGCACUCUAGAGAAUCAGGUGAUUGCAUUCGAAUGGUCAGAAAUGCAGAGAUGGGACACGGAUGAAGAGGGAAUGGCUUUCUGCUUCGAGUAUGCACGAGGAGAGAAGAAACCUCGCUGGGUCAAGAUCUUUACUCCAUAUUUCAACUACAUGCACGAGUGCUAUGAGAGAGUCUUCUGUGAGCUGAAAUGGAGGAAAGAGGUUGAAGAGGAGGCCACGGACAAGGACAACAAGAACUGCAGUAAAGAUGGUAUGUGCGGUAAGAAUAUCUUCCAGCUGUUGAGAGACAGAAGGGAUGGAGGCACAUGAAUAAAGAGAUAAUCUCCUCUUGACUUCUUAAAUACACACAAAUACACUCAUAGCUGCACACACAACUAAAAAAAGACCAUUUCAUAUUAGUCACAUGUGGCUUAAGACAUCUGCUCUACCAUAGUAUCACACAUCAUAGAUUCAUACAUAAAUACUUCAAAACACAGGAACUGACACAACCACAGUACAGUAAUGAGAACAAGUUAAGACUUUCAGCAUCAUUCCACCGGACUGGACGGAUAUGUUGGACAUAUUAAAGGUGACAACCACCAGAAGGCCAGGAUGGAAGACUGGAAGAAAUAGGAAAAAGACUGUGAUGUCGCUACUCCAGGAGACUGACCAUAAUUCAGUGGAAUGAUGUCUGAUCGACCCUGAUGGUUAACGUGGCACCAGCAUUAUGAAUGGUCCAGGUGACUAAUUUAUAUGUCAUGUGACUGGUCACAAGACAAGCGUUUACAGACCUAAGUUGAAACAAAUGUGAGAUUUGAAUUGUGCGGCUGGGGAACAUGGCUAAAUCAGAAGAGAAUGCAAACCUCAGCAGUCUAACCUAUACGUUAUCGUGACACUAACACACGCACAUAUACCUGUGAGGGUGAAGAUGCUUUUCCAGAAUGUAUCUGUAAAAAACAAGGAAAAACCAUUACUACAUUUUCCACUUGGACAAUCAGAGUGGAAGAGGAAAAAAGAAAAAGCCUUUAUAGCCAACAAAAGAGGGUAAGAGAGACAGAUCAAUACUUUCCAUGCUUUUCAACACUAAUUUGUCUCGCUAUUGACACUAUCGGUAGUGGAUACAGAUUUUUAGCCCUUUAGCUGAGGUUUUUCACUUUUUCUCAUCUGGCUUUUUUAGUUUUCCAAAACAGUAUUUGUUUUUAUUAGCGGCCCCAAAUGGAAUUUGCAUGUGGAAAGGGUUUAAAUGAGGUAAGGCGUGUUGACUGAUAUAAAAGUACUAUGCUCUUAUUUAUAAGUAAAAGCAUGAUCAAAUCAGCCCAUAUAUUAAGUAAACGAACAGUUAGGUUAUAUGGGAGACAUAAUAAUGAGACUUCUGCAGAGUUUUUUGCAGGUGCAGAUUUUUUGUGGGCUUGGCCGUUGCUCUGAAACAUCUGCCUGCUAAUGUGUAGGUGCUCUGAACUUAAAUGACUUGAGUUAUAUUAACAGUGUUAUAAAUGUGAAGCACUAAAUUGAAAGUUGUGAAUAUUGGGCUGGGUGGUAUGAUUUCUGGGCUGUCACGCCCUCAUCUAGCAGUAGAUGGCUCUGGCGGUCAUUUUAAAAUGUUUUACUUUUUUCCAUUUUACUUAUUGUAGCGCAGGCGCAUACAAACCUGUCACCCCGAAACAUGACUUGUUUUGCACUUUUUAUUUGAUGUAUGUAUGAGUUUGUUUGUUAAAAAACUGACAUGUAAUUUUCUGUCUGCACUGUUGAACUUUCCUGUGAGGUUUCUGUGUCGUCAUGUUUAUUAACUUUGACUAUAAUAGGCAUACUGAAAAAGCAAUCAUUUAGGAAUAAAAUGACCUGUAAUCCAGUGUAAAUUAUGCUGGUAAUAGUGGGAACACAAAAUUGUGGAAAGUCUCGGCCUAACAACACGCCCUAAAUGAUUUUUUUUGUCAUUUGUAUGGUUUGUCAUGGACUUUAGGCAAACUUUCUUCUGUCUGUGUGUAUCGCUCCCCCUCUUUCAUCCUUUAUCAUACUCUCUUGUCGGUUUGCUCUGGUUGUGUUCUUUUUUUUGACUGAAACUUUAAUUUAUUUGAAUAUGAUAUUACACAAAUAUCUCUGUGUACAGUAUUUUCAGCCGUGUGAGUUUUUGAGUAAACUUUUCAAAUAAGGCACAAAAAGUACAUUAACAAAGCAAGGUCUAGUAUGAAAUCAACUAAACAAUGUAGGAUGCAUACUGCAAAAAAGACCAACAGUAUAUUGGGAAGGUUUAAAGUAGAAACCUUCAAUUGACAUUGACAAAACAAUGUUAAAGCAUUUGAUAAUUGGUCAUAGCAUUAUAAUAAAAUGUAACAUAUUCUUUUAAAUAAAUUGAUUUAUUGACUUGA